CUCGGCAUGAACCCUAUCCAGAGUUUCCACUGUAAGCUGCGGAGUCUGGCCGCCGUGCUGGACGGCGAGACGGCCCGGCUGACACGGGCGCUGGACGGCGAGGACAGCGAAGACUUUGAGAGUUCUCCAAUGAGAGUUUUAUAUGACCUUCUCUCAGAAGUUCAGACUCUAAAGGAUGAUGUUACCACUCAUCUCAAUGAAGCAAGAUUGGAAAGUCAAGAUAGCACAAGAUUCAUAAAGGCAACAAAAGUGCUGAUGAAAAAAAAUUCAACAGACAUCAUGAAACUAAGAGAGUUUUUCCAGAAGUAUGGCUAUCAGACACGUGACAAGGAAGAUUCAGUAUGUGAGUGCACGGUCAGUGACCCGACCUCGGAGCUGGGUGUGUGUGAAGACAUUCAGAAACCUGGAGUGGAGGGCGAGAAGCCUGAGCCGUGUGUUCCCAGCAGUUCUGUUGCUGAAAAGCCCCUACUGUACAGCCCACAGCUUUCAGAUUUUGGACUUGAGCGGUACAUGGUCUCCCGAGUCACACCAAAUCCUCCGCAGACUACUGAGAACCUUGAAGAAGAGUGCCUGUCUGAAACCCCUCCUGCCAAAGACUCUUGCAUCACAGUCCCAAAGACUCCCAGGUGUGCUCUAAAGAUGGAUGAUUUUGAGUGUAAAACUCCUAAAUUAGAACACUUUGGUAUAUCCGAAUACACUAUGUGUUUAAAUGAAGAUUAUACAAUGGGACUUAAAAAUAUGAAGAAUAUUAAAAGUUCCCCUUUGAGCACUGCCAGUGGAGAGGCCAUGGGGACAGGGUCUGUGACCACUGAGAGUUCUUUUGCCAUUCCUCGUUCUGUAAGCCAGCAGCUGGGAAAGACUGAUGCUGAAUAUACAGAUUCACCGUUGCCACCUAAAUUCUGUACUCCUGGUUUGAAAAUUCCUUCUACAGUGGGCAAUAGAGCUUCGGUAUAUAAAAAUUAUCCAUUAUCAAAACUAAAUAGUUCAUCAAGUGAUCUAGAAGUUGAAGAUUGUGCUCCAUUAAUUUUAAAUUCAGAUGAAUGCUAUGAGAAUUUUGAAGACCCCCCUUCUCCUACAAUUACUUCUUGUGAAACUAUCAGAACACCUACUCCUCCGGAAGUCACUACAAUUCCAGAGGACAUUCUCCAGGUUGGUUCCCGGGCUAUUGUUUUCUAAUAUUUUCACAAUUUUAUAUUUGUAUUAGAGAACCGAAAUUGCAUAUAAACUGUCAUAUUUACCAUCAAGCCAAUGUGUAACUUUGGAUAUUGAGAAAAUCCUUAAGGUUUUCCUGAACCAAGUACCAGUUCCUAACUUGGUUUUAGUGAUAUUACUCUCAGGAGGUGUUUUCUUUUUAAGUUUAUGUUCUACAGUGUGUUGUUUCUGUUAGUUUUUAUCUGUGGUUGCCAUAUUGAUUAUUUAUUGUUCUGCAGGAAGUGAAAAUGUUGUUUUCUGUAUACUUACCACAGCAGGGUGUCGUUAAUAACAUGUGUCUGUAUUUCUCAAACUGACUCACAUGAUGUUAAAAUAGGUGACUCUGUAGUAGGACAUCACCAACUAGUAGAUGCUGUGGGCUGGUCUGGCUCUAAUCCAGGUUAUUAUGGUGUUGGGCAGUCAGUACUUAGGUGCAAUAAAUCCCUCAGUGACUAUUCUAGAGUUUUCCCACCUCAUGGGGAGCCAUGAGGACAGUGAACUGUGAGAAAAUGCCUAAAUGCCAGUAGAACUGACCCACCCGGAAAGAUCAACAAAGGAUCUGUUACAGUUCUGUCUUUUUUAAAUAUUUAUUUUGUUUUAAAUUAUGUGUGUGAUGUAUGUGUGUCUCUGUGGGAUAUGUACAGGUGCCUGAGUAGAGAGAAGAGCGCGUCAGAUCUAAAGUUACAAGCAAUUGUGAGCUGCCCAAAGUGGGGCUGGGAACCGAACUCUAAUCCUCUCUAAGAGCAGUUCUUGCUCGUACCUGCUAAGCUGUCUGCAGUCCCUCCUGACAGCUUGCUUUCUUAGGAGGUAAAAUGAACAGAACGGCUGUCUUUGUGGGGUAUGUGUAGAAGGUUACAAUUUCCUGUUGUGGGGAACCUUGUCUUUGUUUCCUUGUUUGCUUUUCUUAUUCUACCUUUUAUUGCGUGCCCUGUCCCAAGGACACCUGACCUAGUUUUUGUAUGCUGCUUCUAGUUUUUCUUUUUCACGUUUUAAAUAGCCUAUGUUAAUUAUAUAAAAUGAUGGAUUUCGUGAUUUUUUUUUUCAUUUUGG